CUUUUGUCUUUCUCCUGUAUAUGUGUUCUAGACGCAUUUCAGAUAUGGAUAUAGAACCUUCUGACAUCAAGAUGGAGCCACCCAGUAGUCCUACGGAUCAACUGGAUUCGGAGAUCCAAGUUGAGGAGAUGGAUAUCAAACCAAUAGUUUAUGAUUUACUCAAGGUUGAACCGACUGAGGAAACCCAGAUAAAUGAGCAGUAUUCUACUGUUCAAAGUGAUGCGGUGGUGCACGGAAAUGGUGAGACAGCGAUUCAGGCUCGACGAACUACUGCAGCUGACAUCAUAGCCAUUAAGGACCUGUUCCAUCUUUUCGAGGAGUUUAAGACCAUGGCAACCUCUGAAAGAUCUGUGGCCUGUUCUCAAUCUCUGGGGUGCCAUGUAGCAGUUCACUGUCCUGUGUGUGGGGCCGCCUUUAUCGGACUUUAUGACAAUAUAGCGCAACUCUACAAUCAUUUUCAGUUAGCGCAUUCCAACGAAUGUGUUGAGCUUACUUUUGCAGAUGCAAUCUCAUACAUGAGAAGAGCUCUUGACUUUGAUGAAAGGGUGGUCAGCGUCAUAUACCAAAACCGUGGCUGA